AUGCCUCCCGGCGACGUUUCAUUGCCGGACAGCCUCGUGCCGGGCAACGGGGCUGUCCGUCCCUCCCUGAACACGAGCGGCUAUGGUGGUAGCAAUGGUGGGGGAAGCCUGCCAGCACAAACGCCCACGUCGCCCGCCGAUAGCACUGUUCCUUUCGAUUCUCCUCGCACAAGGCCGUGGAACGCAUCUGCUGGAUAUGAUGCAGGUCCAAGCCCAUCUGAUGGUCGGCCCGUUCGGCGUUUAGACUCGAACCCAGCUGAUUCCAGAGACCCGACAACGCCUCAAGACCGGGCCAAUUAUUGGGAGGGUUCUGGACCGCUGGACAGACCCCGACCGAAUGGCCGAUCGCACGCUAAGUCACCAGGAGGUGCUUCAUCAAGGGUAUGCAAGAAGUGCAGCGAACCCCUCACUGGCCAAUUCGUUCGAGCCCUAAUGGCAACAUACCAUCUCGAAUGUUUUAAGUGUGAAGACUGCGGUCAAAUAGUGGCGUCAAAAUUUUUCCCUAUUGAUGCAGAAGAUGGGAGCGGGCAAUAUCCGCUUUGUGAGAUCGAUUACUUUCGAAGACUAGACCUUCUAUGUCACGAUUGCGGUGGCGCCUUGCGAGGCUCGUAUAUUACUGCACUGGACCGCAAGUAUCACAUUGAGCAUUUUACUUGCUCGGUCUGCCCCACAGUUUUCGGGGCACAAGACUCAUAUUAUGAGCAUGAGGGUAAAGUAUAUUGUCAUUACCAUUACUCUACGCAAUUCGCCCAGCGGUGCCAUGGCUGUCACACUGCGAUCUUGAAACAAUUCGUUGAGAUCUUCCGCAAUGGACAGAACCAACAUUGGCAUCCUGAAUGUUACAUGAUUCAUAAGUUUUGGAAUGUUCGCCUUGCUCCGACCGGCCAACCGCUAGAAUACCCUCAGCUGAAAGAAGACGCCACCGAUGAAGAACGCACUCAGAUCCGCGAAGAAGAGGAUCUGAUGGAGGAGAAAGUCUACAAAAUUUGGAGCACUCUCUCCACAUUUGAAGAGUCUUCUGCGGCCUGCAUCUCGGAUAUGCUUCUGCAUGUCAGUAAUGGUGCAUAUCUUGACGGUGUUCUUGUCGCCAAAAAAUUCAUCGGCCAUGUCGAAAUCCUUUUCUCGGCCAUCGAUCAACUUGCAGGAUUCAUCAAGGCCCAAGGGAUGAAGGACCUUGCCUUUGGCCGGGAAGCCAAACUGCUUUGCAAAAAAAUUGUUGCCUUUUUUGCAUUGCUGUCUAAGACGCAAGAAACGGGUGUUCGAAAACUCGGUGUGACUCAGGAACUUCUAUCGCUCGUCACAGGGCUCGCCCAUUACCUCAAACUUCUCAUCCGCAUCGGGCUGCAAGGGGCGCUCAAGCUGGAGAGAGAACAACGUAGCCCUGAAGGCUUGCAUCAUCUUCUCGACCGUCUCGGCGAUCUCGAAUCGCUGCGGCCACUAGAGGAGGAGGAGACGCCUGCAGAUCUGCUGGCUGGCGUGGAAACUCUAGCUGAUCAACUCUCCGAUUGCUGCGCGGCAUGCAAAGAGCCGAUUGAUGACGAGUGUGUCAUGUUAGGCGACAACAGAUGGCAUAUAAAGCCCCCUCACCUCGUCUGUGCUUCGUGCCAGUCUGAUUUGACUACCAAUAUUCAGAACGCUUUCCUAAGUACUAAAGAUAGGCAAGCUUUAUGCGCCAACUGUGUCACUCACAAGGGAAUUGCAAACGAUAUGCAAAAGGGAUUCAAGCAUAUUUCAAAACUUCAGCAAUUCGUCUUCUUGCUUAGGGUUGCUUUGGCCCGCCUUCUGGCUGUUUUACGAGCUGGAGGGACCCUUUUCCCAUCCGAUGACCCCUCCGGUUCACAAAAUGAUAAUAGCCAAGCACCCCCGAGUGGUGAAUUGCGCCGCCGAAAAGAUGCCGACAGAUCUUCCCUUGAGCAGACUGUUGGUGAGAUGCGACGCCUACGGUCGAUCAGGAAUGAGCGCACUUUAUCUACAACUUACAAGAAGGCCCGAGCGUCAAGGAUCAUUGACGGACCAGAAGGACGGAGUGUCAGGCCCGGCUCCUCUGGUGGCGAGGGUUCAGAUCCCAGGGGACCGGGCUUCCAAAUCGUGGAAGAGAAGGAUGCUAACGGGGACCCAGUCACUGAGUUGGCGUUUGGCAACCAGGAUGCCUUAACUCUGGAUGAUAUUCCAAGAAUUGUUGCAGCUGAACAGGCCAAAGAGCAGCGCCCGAAUGCAUACAAGCACGCUGGCACCAAACUUAUAAACACUACUGAACCGCUUCCUAGGUAUAACCACGGGCAUCAACGUGGCAUGUCUACCCCUGGCCUGGAAGCACCAUUCCCCGCCGCAACUGGGAGGGGCAAACGGUAUUUCUCAGAGCUUUCAGCCUUGGAGUAUUUCAUCGUCCGACAUGUUGCCGUGCUAUCUAUGGAGCCUUUAUUGGAUGGUGCCUUCACUUUAGAGGAACUGCUUUCCUUGAUCGAGUCUCGUAAACCGACAAUCUGGAAUAUAUUUGGGAGGGCUUUCGCCAAGGACGCGAAGAAAGGCGGAAAGAAGAAAGGAGUGUUCGGCGUCAACCUCGAUCUUCUUGUCGAGAAGGAAGGGACUGAAUCAAGUCAUGGUGUUGGUCCGGGAGCCCUUCGUGUUCCGGCACUUGUUGACGACUCUGUGUCCGCUAUGCGUCAAAUGGACAUGUCUGUGGAAGGUGUCUUCCGAAAGAACGGCAAUAUCAGACGGCUGAAGGAUGUUUCAGAGCUGAUCGACAACAAAUAUGAGCAAGUGGACCUGACCAAGGAGACGCCCGUUCAAAUCGCCGCUCUUCUUAAGAAAUUCCUCCGCGAAAUGCCUGAUCCUCUUCUAACGUUUAAAUUGCAUCGCUUAUUUGUUGCUUCUCAAAAAAUUUCGGACCCUGAGAAGCAGAAGCGGGUUCUCCAUCUCACAUGCUGCUUGCUUCCUAAAGCCCAUCGCGACACCAUGGAAGUCUUGUUCGCUUUCUUAAACUGGACAUCAUCCUUCUCUCAUGUAGAUGAAGACACCGGAAGCAAGAUGGACAUCCACAAUCUCGCGACCGUUAUGACACCCAACAUUCUGUAUCCCAAUGCCAAGACCAGCGCCGUAGACGAGAGCUUCCUCGCAAUUGAAGCAGUCAAUGCGCUUAUCACGUAUAACGACACCAUGUGCGAGAUUCCCGAGGACCUUCAGUCGGUCCUUAGUGACAGUACCCUCUUCAAGGGAGACUCAGAAGUUACUACAAAAGAAAUACUAAAGAGAUACGGGGAUAUUGCAAGGGGAGGCUUCUCCCAGAAAGCAAGCAACGGCGGUGAAACGUUCACCAUUACCAACCAAAGCCGUGGAGCCAAUGUGCCUACUUCGGCUCGUAUCGAAACAGACCCAUCCCAAGAUGCUGCUUCCCAAAUGCAAAGCUCGGUCCGGCAUGUGGCCGGUCCGGCUGGACACUCACAUUCAAGCAGUGCCAUUGCUCCACCCAGCAGCCAGGAUUUUGAUGGCCGUAACCGCAGCACCAGCACCGGGAGUCAACCCGAGGGCCAAUCUCAACAAGUGCCAUAUAGAGCUCGCCCGAAUGCGGGACCCAUGGGCGUUGCCAGUUGA